CGGACGCUCCCGGCGGCCGGGACAAAGCCAUGAAGCCGGCGCUGCUGGAAGUGAUGAGGAUGAACAGGAUCUGCCGGAUGGCGCUGGCCACUUGCGUGGGGUCCUUCCUCCUGGUCAUCUUCUAUUUCCAAAGUAUGUUGCACCCAGUCAUGCGGAGGAAUCCCUUUGGUGUGGACAUCUGCUGCCGGAAGGGCUCUCGGAGUCCCCUGCAAGAGCUCUACAACCCCACCCAGCUGGAGCUCUCCAACACUGCCAUCCUGCACCAGACGCGGCGAGACCAGGUCACAGAUGCCUGCAGGGCCAACAGCGCCCUGAGUCGCAAGCGGCGGGUGCUGACCCCCAACGACCUGAAGCAUCUGGUGGUGGAUGAGGACCACGAGCUCAUCUACUGCUACGUGCCCAAGGUGGCCUGCACCAACUGGAAGCGGCUCAUGAUGGUCCUGACUGGGCGCGGCAAGUACAGUGACCCCAUGGAAAUUCCAGCCAACGAGGCACACGUGUCGGCCAACCUGAAGACCCUGAACCAGUACAGCAUUCCCGAAAUCAACCACCGCUUGAAAAGCUAUCUGAAGUUCCUGUUCGUCCGCGAGCCCUUCGAGCGCCUGGUGUCGGCCUACCGCAACAAGUUCACGCAGAAGUACAACACAUCCUUCCACAAGCGCUACGGCACCAAGAUCAUCCGGCGCCAGCGCAAGAACGCCACGCAGGAGGCGCUGCGCAAGGGGGAUGACGUCAAGUUUGAGGAGUUCGUGGCCUAUCUCAUUGACCCGCACACACAGCGUGAGGAGCCCUUCAACGAGCACUGGCAGACGGUCCAUUCCCUCUGCCACCCGUGCCACAUCCGCUACGACCUCGUGGGCAAGUACGAGACACUCGAGGAGGAUUCCAACUACGUCCUGCAGCUGGCCGGCGUGGGCAGCUACCUGAAGUUCCCCACCUAUGCCAAGUCCACCAGAACUACUGAUGAAAUGACCACAGAGUUCUUCCAGAACAUCAGCUCAGAGCAUCAAACGCAGCUCUACGAAGUCUACAAACUCGAUUUUUUAAUGUUCAAUUACUCAGUGCCAAGCUACCUGAAAUUGGAAUGA